ACAGCACAGAGCCAUUUCGGAUAAGCAGCGGAUCAGCCAGUGCCAUCCCUGGGACAGGUCUCUCCUGUCCUCUCGGCAGGGGAAGCCAGCAGCUCCAGGCAAGCCCAUGUCCUCCUCCUGACUGCGAGUCCACGCCUCGCAAUCCCAUCCUGAAAACAGUUGCCCAGGGAGCCUUCCCAGGCCUGCCUGUAUCCUGGGAAAGGAGCCUGCCGCGGCCACCUCAAGCUUGAGACGGAGAGAGAGAGCGAGGUUAUUCUCAGGUGUCAGGAAUGUCUUCUGAGCCCACUUCAUCUGCUUCUGAGCAGUCCCCCUCUUCUCCACCCUCACCAAGUUCUCUCCGUCUGCCAGAAAGCCGCAGGACACGAGAUCGCUCCCCAUCUCCCAUGAGAGGGUACCUCAUCCCUAGUCCUCUUCCAACCCGACGGACCAGGACUUUCUCAGCAACCGUGAGAGCUUCUGAGGGUCCCAUCUAUAAAGGUGUCUGUAAAUGCUUCUGUCGCUCAAAAGGCCAUGGCUUCAUUACCCCCGCAGAUGGAGGGCCGGACAUCUUUGUACACAUUUCUGAUAUUGAAGGCGAAUACGUUCCCGUGGCAGGCGAUGAAGUCACUUACAAGAUGUGCACCAUUCCCCCGAAGAACGAGAAGCUUCAGGCCGUGGAAGUGGUCAUCACCCACUUAGCUCCCGGAACCAAGCACGAGACCUGGUCGGGGCACGUCAUCAGCUCCUAAGGUACGCGGUGGAGCGCCGCCAGUGCGGACACUACGCGCGUGGGGACUGCUCGACAACUGACUCUCCACGCGCCUGACCUAUGAAUAUUCUACAUCUUGUGUAGGAAGACGUACUAGAUUGUCAGUAAGGCAGAAGUAGGCCAAAAUUGCUGUUUUUACGGCUGGCUUGAUGCUUAGAAAACAGUUCAAAUGUUAAUGAAAAGAAGCUAUCUAUAUAUUAAUGUGUUUACAAAACUGUAUUUUAAAGAAGACCUAGUUUGUGUGUUUUGGGGGGGGGGAGUUGGGGUGUUUUUGUUCUCUUUUGUUUUUUUAAAUCUUGUGAACUGAUUCCAGUAAAUGCUUAAGUGAAUUAGGGAGAGAUUUGAAUGAAAACUUUUCUAGAGCAGCGGCGGUAGCGAGGGACAUGGCCCAGAGGCGCUGUAGGUGCGUGAGCAUUGUGUUCCCUCGAGCAGCGUUUCUGAGAGUGCUAGGACAUGCAGCUUUACUGCCGAUAACAGUGCCUGAAUACAUUGGCUUGAGAGGGAGAGAGAUUCAUUGCUGCAAUUUGUUUUCAUCAUGGAAAGACGUUCACAAUCCGAGUAACUGCCACACAACAGCAAAUCACUAUGUAGUUGUUACGCUCUGACAGUUUUGACAGCAGCAGCUGGUUACCCUGCAGGUGCAAUGUUCUCAAAUUAUGUGUCUGCAUACGUGUGGAAUAUUGUGUGUUUUUUAAAACCUGGAUUGUUUGUGAUUUUACUUUGGUGCCUGGAUGGUUGGUUAGCAACAGAUUUUAUAGGCCAGUACUUAAUGAUUAAAAAAAAAAAAAAAAAAAAAAAAA